GGGCAGUCUGGCAGGGCUCAGGGCCCGGCCGUGCGGCGGCCUCUGCGCUUUAUACGGCCGCCUUCGCCGCCCACAGAGCCAGCGAGACAACCGCGAAGGGUGGGCGACCUCGGGCGGACAGGCUCGGCCAGGCUCGGCGGCUUGGGCACCUGGACCCCAGAUAUGCUGGCCCCUGCCGCUCUCGGCGCCGGGUCAGCGCCGGCGCCGCGGCACCCGCGCAGCCUGGUGCGGGCGCUCGCCGGGGAGCCUCGGAGGCGCACUGGGCCUGCCGGGAGGUUGGGCGCGCGGGGCCUCGUGGGGGCUGCGGCGGUGGCGGCCGCCCAGGGUGCGCGGCGGCGGCGCCCUGUGCGCCUCGGCGAGGUGGGCCCCCGGCUGGAGGUCCAGAGCACAUCGCGCGGCCGCCCUAUCUGGACGCUGGUCAGCCGCGCGCUGCCGACGGGUCCAUAAGGCAUCCUUACCAGUUCGAUUUCGACCAGUUGCUCCGCAUCGAGCGCAAGAGUCCCGAGCAGGUGUCGCGAAUGCGCGAGGCGGGUGCGCUGGCACGCGAGGCGCUGGAGGUGGCCGGCCGGGCAGUGGCUCCUGGGGUCACGACCGAGGAGAUCGACCGAGUGGUCCACGAUUCAUCAUUUCAAGAGGGGCAUAUCCGAGCCCACUGGGGUACAUGGGCUUCCCCAAGGCCUGCUGCACGUCCGUCAACGAAGUCAUCGGGCAUGGAGUGCCAGACAGCCGUCCGCUGGAGGACGGUGACACGCUGAACGUCGACGUGACGGUCUACCUCAACGGAGUCCACGGCGACACCAGCUCUAUGUUUUUCGCCGGCUGCCCGACCAGCGAGGCUCUUGCCCUGUGCCGUGCUGGCCAGAGGGCGAUGCUGGAGGGCAUCCGCGUCUGCGGGCCUGGGGUGGACUUCAGGGAAAUUGGGCGCCGUCAUCGAGGAGGUGGCGACUUCGGCGGGGUGCUACCCGAGUCAUGCCCUCUCGGGGCACGGCAUCGGCGAGUACUUCCACGGCGCCCCCAUCAUCAUUCACGGCGAGAACGACUUGCCCCAGGGCUGCAUGGAGCCCGGCAUGACGUUCACAGUGGAGCCCGUGCUCGUGGAGGGUGGCGAGACCGAGUUUGA